GGCAGGCUGGGCGCGAAGGAGGCGGGGUCUGGUUGCCGUGGUGACCGGCUGCCCGGCGGUCUCCAGGUAACGGUGGCGGCUGUGGGGUCUACGCGGUGCUGGCGGCGGAGGCCGCGGAGAUCCUGGCCCGAGCCCACGCCUGGCUCUGUGGGCCUGAGCUGCGAUGGCUGCCGCGGCAGCGGUGAUCUCGCCGUCGGGCUUGGAAGAUGGGGUGUCUCGGGCUCGCGGGGAAGGCGCAGGGGAGGCGGUGGUGGAGCGCGGGCCCGGCGCGGCCUACCACAUGUUCGUGGUGAUGGAGGACUUGGUGGAGAAGCUGAAGCUGCUCCGCUACGAGGAGGAGCUCCUCCGAAAGAGCAAUCUGAAGCCCCCGUCCAGACACUACUUUGCUCUGCCUACCAAUCCAGGUGAGCAGUUCUACAUGUUUUGCACUCUUGCUGCGUGGCUGAUCAACAAAACAGGGCGUCCCUUUGAGCAGCCUCAGGAAUACGAUGAUCCCAAUGCAACUAUAUCUAACAUACUCUUUGAGCUUCGCUCGUUUGGGAGGACUGCAGAUUUCCCUCCUUCAAAAUUAAAGUCUGGAUAUGGAGAACAUGUAUGCUAUGUUCUUGACUGUUUAGCUGAGGAAGCAUUAAAAUAUAUUGGUUUCACUUGGAAAAGGCCAUCAUACCCAGUGGAAGAGUUAGAAGAAGAAACUGUUCCAGAAGAUGAUGCAGAAUUAACAUUAAGUAAAGUAGAUGAAGAAUUUGUGGAAGAGGAGACAGAUAAUGAAGAAAACUUCAUUGAUCUCAACGUUUUAAAGGCCCAGACCUAUCGCCUGGACACAAACGAGUCUGCCAAACAAGAAGAUAUUUUGGAAUCUACGACAGAUGCUGCGGAAUGGAGUCUAGAAGUGGAACGUGUCCUGCCCCAGCUGAAAGUCACGAUCAGAACAGACAAUAAGGACUGGAGGAUCCACGUUGACCAAAUGCACCAGCACAAAAGUGGAAUUGAAUCUGCUCUAAAGGAAACCAAGGGAUUUUUGGACAAGCUCCAUAAUGAAAUUAGCCGGACUCUGGAGAAGAUUGGUAGCCGAGAAAAGUACAUCAACAAUCAACUGGAGCACCUGGUUCAAGAAUAUCGUGGGGCCCAGGCCCAGCUGAGUGAGGCAAGGGAGCGCUACCAGCAGGGGAAUGGCGGAGUGACUGAAAGGACGAGACUCCUGUCUGAGGUUACGGAAGAAUUAGAAAAGGUAAAACAGGAAAUGGAGGAGAAGGGCAGCAGCAUGACGGAUGGCACUCCUUUGGUGAAGAUUAAGCAGAGCUUGACCAAGCUGAAGCAGGAAACCGUCCAGAUGGACAUUAGAAUUGGGGUUGUGGAGCACACCCUGCUGCAGUCCAAGCUGAAGGAGAAGAGCAACAUGACUAGAGACAUGCAUGCGGCUGUUACCCCAGAGUCAGCGAUAGGCUUCUAUUAAAACAUACGGGCUUUCAUGCUUCUGAUUAUUUGUUUUUUCUAUCAAAUUAUUUUUUAAUAUUGCAUGGAUUUCCCAACACAAUUUAUACCUCUCAAGCAUGUUGAGUGGAUAUUUUAUUGUAUCAUGGUGAUUAUGAUGGCUAAAGCCGUUACAAUGAAUCUAGUAUUUAAUAAAGUACUUAAAAAUUCUCAUGUUCAAAAAA